AUGGUCGAUGCUCUUUAUACUUUUGCUCGUUAUGUUUAUGAUUGUGGUGAUUAUUCUCGAGCAGCUACAAAUUUAGGUCUCUAUCGUGCUCUUGUACCAAGUACCGAUAAAAAUAUAAUGUCAUGUCUAUGGGGUAAAUUAGCAUCAGAAAUUUUAAUGCAACGUUGGGAUGAUGCAUAUGAUGAUUUAAAUCAAUUAAAAGAAGCAAUUGAAACAAGUAGUUCUCGUUCACCAUUAGAUUUAUUACAUCAACGUACAUGGUUUAUUCAUUGGUCAUUAUUUGUUUAUUUUAAUCAUCCAAAAGGACGUGAUGAUCUUGUUCAAUUAUUUCUUGGUUCAACAACAUCAACAGCAAAUCAAACAAAUGCUUAUUUAAAUACAUUACAAACAGCAUCACCACAUUUAUUACGUUAUUUAGCUGCAGCUGUUAUUAUUAAUCCAAGAAAAAAAAAUGAACGAACAUUAAAAGAACUUGUUAAAGUUAUUCAACAGGAAUCAUAUGCAUUUCGUGAUCCAAUAACUGAAUUUCUUGAAUGUCUUUAUGUUCAUUUUGAUUUUGAUGGUGCACAACAAAAAUUACGUGAUUGUACAGCUGUACUUAAUAAUGAUUUUUUUCUUAUUGGUUGUACUGAUGAAUUUAUGGAAAAUGCUCGUUUACUUAUAUUCGAAACAUUUUGUCGUAUUCAUCAUUGUAUUACAAUUGAUAUGUUAGCAGAAAAAUUAAAUAUGGGUACAGAAGAAGCUGAACGAUGGAUUGUUAAUUUAAUACGUAAUGCAAGUUUAGAUGCAAAAAUUGAUUCACAAAAAGGCAUUGUUGUUAUGGGUUCACAAGCAUUAUCACCAUAUCAAAUAAUUAUUGAAAAAACAAAGAAUUUAUUUAAUAGAACACAAUUAUUAACACAAAAUAGUGAAAAAAAACGAGAUACAAAUGCUAAUUGGAGUAAUCAUCAAACACAACAACCACAAGC